CCCUCCCUGCCAUCCAGGCUGCGCAGUCGAACACAGAGUAGCCAUCUUGCCUGUGCACUUUCUGUUGACGUGGUAACGGUGGCUGUUAUCAGUGUGGGAGGAAAUCUCCAGAUAUUCAUGUGUAAAAGUUAGCAAAACAGUUCUCAGAAAAGGGAGAAGAUAUGCUGGACUUUGCCAUCUUUGCUGUCACGUUUGUCAUCAUUUUGGUCGGCGCUGUUCUUUAUUUGUACCCGUCAUCCAGAAGGGCCUCUGGCAUCCCAGGUCUCAAUCCUACAGAUGAGAAGGAUGGGAACCUGCAAGACAUUGUGAACAGAGGGAGUCUGCAUGAGUUCCUCCUCAGUCUGCAUCAGGAGUUUGGCCCCGUGGCCUCGUUCUGGUUCGGCGGCCGUCCUGUGGUUAGCCUGGGAUCUGUGCAGCAGCUACGGCAACACAUCAACCCCAACCACAGCACUGACUCCUUUGAGACGAUGCUCAAGUCGUUGCUAGGUUACCAGUCAGGAAUGGGAGGCGGGCCCACAGAAACUGUACUUAGGAAAAAAGUGUACCAGAGUGCCAUCAACAACACGCUGCAGAACAACUUCCCUCUUGUGCUCAAGCUGGUAGAGGAGCUGGUGGGGAAGUGGAAGUCAUUUCCAGAGGCCCAACAUAUCCCUCUGUGUGCCCACCUGCUGGGUCUGGCCAUGAAGAUUGUCACUCAGCUGGCUCUGGGCGAGAGCUUCAGUGAGGACUCUGAGGUCGUUUCCUUCCGCAAGAACCACGACGCGAUCUGGUCAGAAAUCGGGAGAGGUUAUUUGGAUGGCUCAAUGGAGAAGAGUUCCAGCAGGAAAGGACACUAUGAGAAGGCUCUGUCAGAGAUGGAGUCUGUGCUGCUGUCAGUGGCGAAGGAGAGAAAAGCCCAGAGGAAGCAGAAAGUGUUUGUGGACACUCUGCUUCAGUCCAACCUCACAGAACGACAGAUCAUGGACGACUGUAUGGUUUUCACUUUGGCUGGAUGCGCCAUCGCUGCUAACUUGUGUAUCUGGGCACUUCAUUUCCUGUCCACCUCAGAGGAGGUUCAGGACAAGCUGUACCAGGAGCUGGACCAGGUUUUAGGUUCGGAUCCAGUUUCCUUGGACAAGAUCCCUCAGCUUAGAUACUGCCAGCAGCUCCUCAACGAGACAGUGAGGACUGCCAAGCUGACCCCCGUCGCGGCUCGGCUUCAGGAAGUGGAGGGCAAAGUCGAUCAACACGUUAUCCCCAAAGAGACUUUGGUCAUCUACGCUUUGGGAGUGGUUCUGCAAGAUUCUGACACCUGGAGCACCCCAUACCGGUUUGACCCAGACCGAUUUGAAGAGGAAUCAGUCAGGAAGAGCUUCUGUCUGCUCGGAUUCUCUGGGAACCAAACAUGCCCAGAGCUCAGGUUUGCCUACACCAUAGCUACUGUCCUGCUCAGCACACUGGUGCGGCAGCUGAAGCUUCACCAGCUGAAGGGACAGGUCAUGGAGGUCCGAUCAGAGCUGGUAUCCACACCUAAAGACGAAACCUGGAUCACGGUCAGCAGAAGAAGCUAGAACUCGUCUUUGAAACGCACUGCAGGGAGAAGAGCUGAAGAGUCCUCUUUCUGCAUUAACUAGACAUUGAAUAUCUUGAUUAAAAUAAUUGCCAGCAAAGUGUUUCAUAAAUCUGCAAUCUGCCAGAGGAACAUUUUUUUCAACUCAUGACUCACAUUAUCUCCUGUGAUUUUGAACGUUUUUGGAAUUAAACUCUAAAUUUGCAUCGUUCUUGAAAAGGGCUUUAUUCAAAAGUCUUUUUUGUCUGUUUUGCUUACGAGUAGCACCACUGUAUCUUCCCAUGAUUUUUGGUGCUUUGUACUGAAAUCUGAGGUCUUCACCACAUCAUCGCCUUGACUGUCCACAGGUCAGAUUUGCACUUGCUGAAGGUGGGAAACUCUGUGGAUUAAUACUCUUCAGUGUAGAGAAAACAACUUGUGCUGCCAGACUUUAUUUUGUAAUUCUCAGUACAAAUGCCUUGAGUCCAAAUUCUAAAUGGCAUGUGGUUUGUUCAUCUAUUAAAAUGGUCCACAUGACAUUUAGACAUUUCAUUCCCUUAUCAAACACAGUUGCAUCUUGCAUAUUAUUAAAUAUGCAUGAUGACUUCAAGUUUGUGUUUUUGUUUUAUUUUGUAUGUGUUUAUACCAAGACAAUCAAUUUUCCUUAAAUCAAAUAAAGAAUUUUGUUCAGCUGGUA